CCGCGUGAAUUAUUCGUCAUCCUCGGAUCAUACCUGAUCCAAGCACUUUCUAUUCCACAAAAGGCUUCACUCGGUUGGCGUAAUCAGCUUUCAGUUCCUAUGCUCUCUAAGGGAAACUCUUCACAAUUAAUGCAGUUGACUCAUAUCAGUUUUGAACUACAAGUCUGUUAAGCUAAAGUGGCCAGAUGGUUUAGUGUGUAAUGUAUUUAUAGUGUAAGUGGAUACACCUGUAGAGACAUUACUGAGUAUGGCUUUCAAGCCACUGGUUUGGUAUUGUCGGCCUGAGGAAAAUGGGGCAUGGGCAAAAGCAGUGGAAAAUGAGUUUGGAGCUUAUACACCUUGUGCAACGGACUCAAUGGUGGUUUCUAUCUCUAAUCUGGUUCUUAUGGUUCUUUGCUUAUAUCGUGUAUGGAGGACCAAGAAAGAUCUACGGGUCCAGAGAUUCCGUUUGAGGUCCAAUUAUUACAACUACAUGCUGGCUUUGUUGGCUGUAUAUUGUACUGCGGAACCUCUAUUCAGAUUAGUUGUGGGCAUAUCAGUGUUGAAUCUUGAUGGGCAGAUUGGCCUUGCUCCAUUUGAGGUGGUUUCCCUCAUCAUUCAGGCUUUCUCCUGGUGCUCUAUGCUGGUCAUGCUUGGUGUAGAAACAAAGGUCUACAUCCGUGAGUUGCGGUGGUAUGUCAGAUUUGCGGUCAUUUUUGCACUGGUGGGGAGCACUGUGAUGCUCAGUCUCAUUCUUUCAGUGAAGGAGUUCUACAGUAGAUCUAGUCUGUUUCUGUACAUCAGUGAGGUCUCCGUCCAGGUUUUGUUUGGAGUACUCUUGCUGGUGCACUUUCCCAACUUUGAUCCUUAUCCAGGCUACACUCCUCUGCGGACUGAGUCUGUUGAUGGCACUGAAUAUGAAGAACUUCCUGAUGGAGAGCAAAUUUGUCCUGAGAGGCAUGUCAAUAUAUUUUCAAAAAUUACUUUUGGAUGGAUGAAUCAACUUAUGCACCUUGGCUUUAAAAGGCCUCUGACAGAGAAGGAUGUUUGGAAGCUGGACACAUGGGACCGGACUGAAACGCUUAACAGCAAGUUCCAGCAAUGUUGGGCUGAGGAAUCUCAUAGACCUCGACCAUGGCUUUUAAGAGCGCUAAAUCGUAGCCUGGGAGGAAGGUUUUGGUUGGGGGGCUUCUUUAAGAUUUUUAAUGAUGCCUCCCAGUUUGUCGGCCCUCUUAUAUUGAACCAACUUCUACAGUCUAUGCAGCGUAGAGAUCCAGCUUGGAUUGGUUAUAUCUAUGCCUUCUCAAUUUUUGUUGGAGUGGUACUUGGAGUGUUAUGUGAAGCUCAAUAUUUUCAGAAUGUCAUGCGGGUUGGUUACCGCUUACGAUCAACUCUGGUUGCUGCUGUGUUCCGCAAAUCUUUAAGGUUAACCCAUGAGAGUCGUAAAAAGUUUCCAUCUGGAAAAAUAACCAACUUGAUGACAACUGAUUCUGAAUCACUCCAGCAAAUAUGCCAAUCACUUCACACUUUGUGGUCAGCUCCUUUUCGAAUUGUUGUUGCUAUGGUUCUACUUUACCAGCAGUUAGGUGUUGCUUCACUUCUUGGGGCACUAAUGCUAGGUCUUCUGAUCCCCAUACAGACACUUGUGAUAAGCAAAAUGCAAAAAUUAUCUAGGGAAGGAUUGCAACGCACAGACAAGAGAAUUGGCCUCAUGAAUGAAAUUUUGGCAGCCAUGGAAACUGUGAAAUGUUAUGCAUGGGAGAAUAGUUUCCUAUCCAAAGUUCAAACUGUUCGGACUGAUGAGUUGGGAUGGUUUUGGAAAGCUCAGUUACUUGGCGCGUGUAACAGUUUCAUUCUAAACAGCAUUCCAGUUCUUGUGAUUGUGGUUUCAUUUGGGGUGUUCACUUUGCUUGGAGGAGAUCUGACACCUGCAAGGGCAUUUACAUCACUUUCUUUGUUUGCAGUGCUACGGUUUCCAUUAUUCAUGCUUCCAAACAUAAUAACUCAGGUUGUCAAUGCAAAUGUAUCCUUAAAACGUCUGGAGGAACUUCUCUUAGCUGAGGAGAGAAUUCUUCUACCCAACCCGCCCAUUCAACCUGGACUUCCAGCCAUCUCCAUCAAGGAUGGAUACUUCUCCUGGGAUUCAAAGGCAGAGAAACCCACAUUGUCAGAUAUUAAUCUGGAUAUACCAAUGGGUAACUUGGUAGCAAUUGUUGGCAGUACUGGAGAAGGAAAGACAUCUCUUGUAUCGGCAAUGCUUGGAGAGCUUCCUCCUGUGGCAGAUUCAAGUGUCAUUCUACGAGGAACAGUUGCUUAUGUUUCGCAAGUUUCAUGGAUUUUCAAUGCAACAGUACGGGAGAACAUAUUAUUUGGGUCCGUCUUUGAGCCUGCAAGAUAUGAAAAGGCAAUAGGUGUCACUGCAUUGCAGCAUGACCUUGAAUUGCUGCCUGGAGGUGAUCUUACCGAAAUUGGUGAAAGAGGAGUUAAUAUUAGUGGUGGUCAAAAGCAAAGAGUAUCCAUGGCAAGAGCUGUAUAUUCCAACUCAGAUGUUUACAUAUUUGAUGAUCCUUUAAGUGCACUAGAUGCUCAUGUGGCUCGACAGGUUUUUGAGAAAUGCAUUAAAGAAGAACUGAGAGGAAAAACAAGAGUUUUAGUCACAAACCAGCUACAUUUUCUUUCACAAGUUGAUAGAAUUAUACUGGUCCAUGAAGGUACAGUGAAAGAGGAAGGAACAUUUGAAUACCUCUCAAAUAAUGGUGUUCUCUAGAAACUGAUGGAAAGUGCUGGAAAAAUGGAAGAAUAUGAGGUUGAAAAGGAAGAAGUUGAAAAGGUCAGUAAUGAGACCUCAAAACCUGUUGCAAAUGGAGUGACCACUGAGUUGCCUAAAGAUGCAACUGACAAAAAUAAAAGAAAAGAAGGCAAAUCUGUUCUUAUUAAGCAGGAAGAGAGGGAAACAGGUGUUGUCAGCUGGAAAGUCUUGAAGAGGUACAAGGAUGCUUUAGGAGGUCUAUGGGUAGUCGUGAUGCUCUUAUUGUGCUAUGUCUUAACAGAAACUCUACGAAUUUCCAGUAGCACAUGGUUAAGCGUCUGGACAGAUCAGAGCAGAUCAAAGCGUUAUUCACCUGGUUUCUACAAUCUGAUUUAUGCUCUUCUUUCAUUUGGUCAAGUUUUGGUGACUCUGGCAAAUUCGUUUUGGUUGAUUUUAUCAAGCCUUUAUGCAGCAAGAAGGUUGCAUGACGCGAUGCUUAAUUCUAUUUUAAAAGCUCCAAUGGUCUUCUUUCACACAAAUCCUCUUGGACGGAUUAUUAAUAGAUUUGCUAAGGAUCUUGGUGACAUUGAUAGGACUGUGGCAGUGUUCGUUAAUAUGUUUCUGGGCCAGAUAUUUCAGCUCUUAUCAACAUUUGUGUUGAUAGGAAUCGUGAGCACCAUGUCCUUAUGGGCCAUAAUGCCACUUCUAGUUUUGUUUUAUGCGGCCUAUCUGUAUUAUCAGAGCACAUCUCGUGAGGUGAAGCGCUUAGAUUCCAUAACCAGAUCUCCAGUGUAUGCACAAUUUGGAGAAGCAUUGAAUGGUCUAUCAACUAUUCGUGCAUACAAAGCAUAUGACCGAAUGGAGAACAUUAAUGGGAAAUCCAUGGACAAUAAUAUCAGGUUCACUCUUGUGAACAUGAGCGCAAACCGGUGGCUUGCUAUCCGUUUGGAAGCAUUGGGAGGCCUCAUGAUUUGGCUUACAGCAACUUUUGCUGUCAUGCAGAAUGUAAGAGCAGUAAACCAGGAGGCAUUUGCUUCUACAAUGGGUUUGCUUCUUAGUUAUGCUUUAAAUAUUACAAGUUUAUUAACUGCUGUGCUGAGACUUGCCAGUAUGGCUGAGAAUAGUUUAAAUGCUGUUGAGCGGGUUGGCACCUAUAUUGACUUGCCUUCCGAGGGUCCAUCUGUUAUUGACAACAACCGACCGCCACCAGGAUGGCCUUCCUCCGGAUCCAUAAAAUUUGAGGAUGUUGUCAUGCGAUACAGACCUGAACUUCCUGCAGUCCUACAUGGUUUGUCCUUCACAAUACCUCCAAGUGAUAAAGUUGGAAUAGUUGGAAGAACUGGAGCAGGAAAAUCUAGCAUGCUUAAUGCACUGUUUAGGAUGGUAGAACUGGAACGAGGUAGAAUCCUGAUUGAUGAUUAUGACAUUGCAAAGUUUGGAUUAACAGAUCUCCGCAAGGUUCUGGGUAUUAUACCUCAAGCACCUGUUCUUUUUUCAGGAACUGUUAGAUUUAAUCUUGACCCUUUUAACGAACACAGUGAGGCUGACCUUUGGGAGGCUCUAGAGAGGGCACACCUAAAGGAUGUGAUCAGAAGGAAUUCUUUGGGGCUGUAUGCAGAGGUCUCUGAGUCAGGGGAGAAUUUCAGUGUUGGUCAGAGACAGCUAUUAAGUCUUGCCCGUGCAUUACUUCGCAGAUCAAAGAUCCUUGUUCUUGAUGAAGCAACUGCUGCUGUUGAUGUUGGAACUGAUGCUCUUAUUCAGAAAACCAUCCGAGAAGAAUUCAAAUCAUGUACAAUGCUCAUUAUUGCACACCGUCUAAAUACCAUCAUUGAUUGUGACCGAAUUCUUCUGCUCGAUGCUGGUCGGAUUGUAGAAUAUGCUACCCCUGAGGAGCUGCUGCGAAACGAUCGUAGUGCUUUCUCUAAGAUGGUUCAAAGUACUGGUGCUGCAAAUGCUCAGUACUUACGCAGCCUAGUAUUCAGGGAGGAUGGGGAGAUCAAAGUGGGGGGUGAAGAGACCAGGCAGUUAGAUGGACAGAGAAGAUGGCUUGCCUCUUCUCGUUGGGCUGCAGCUGCCCAGUUUGCUCUUGCUGUCAGUCUCACUUCAUCACAGAAUGACCUAGUGCAGUUGGAAACUGAAGAUGCGAACAAUAUCCUUCAAAAAACAAGAGAUGCAGUUGUGACUCUACAAGGAGUUCUGGAAGGAAAGCAUGACAAAGUCAUUGAAGAGACCCUGAAUCAAUACCAUGUUCCUAGUGACAGAUGGUGGUCCUCUCUCUACAAAAUGAUAGAAGGUGUUGCAAUAAUGAACAGGCUGGCUCGGAAUAGGUGGCUCCACCAAUCAGAUAAUGAAUUUGAUAGAACAAUUGACUGGGACAGCAUUGACACAUAAAGAGAGCAAGUACCCCUCUGGUUCCAGGAUUUACCGCACCAUAGUUCAAAUUAUGUCCACUUGGCUGUAAACUAUGGGGAGUGAUAUCUUGUUUGCAAGAUGCUGAACAGGAUGCAAUUCUGCCUUAAGAUUUGUUCGCAGUCUCCACUAGUUGCUUAACAUUUGGUGAACAAUUUUGUUCACAGUUUUCAGACAUAAAGCAGUGUUGAAAUGCUUGCUUUGUUAAACAGAAAAAAUUGCAGCACUUAUUCCAUGCAGUCUAGUCUACCCAAUGAUAAAGAUGCAUACAUUUUUGUAGGCCAGGCCAUUUA